GAAUUUGGCUGGGUUGAAACUACCAGCAUGCCGCGACAACAUCAACAUGAUAAAAAAUGUUAUCAACAUUUUGCCCUUGUUUAUAUUGAUCGAGAAGGAAAUAUUUGCCAUGAGACGUCUCCUUCUAUCUCCAACAGCCCCCAUGCUAUUCUUUCCCCUCAAGUGACUUCGGAGUUUCUGGAGGCGAUGGCACAAUCCAGUGAAGGCGGCUUUCCAACUUCUGCUCCAGCACUGCCUGACAGCCAGCCUCUGAUUCCACCCCCAUCACUGUUAGCGCCUACAGUUCUCGAAGAAGCGAAACUAGGGACAAGUUUGCAACGCAGAAGAAAAUUGUGGGAUAAGGAGCAUAGUCUCGAUGUCCAAACGGCCACAAUUUCCGUCAGUAAUAAACGGUUUCUCCGUCAAUACUAUGAAAAGGUCUUUCGGAACUUACAACAGAAGAAUUGCCGAGUCAUUGCCAAAGUUUAUGUAAGACUUGUCGAGCCUCGCAAGCAAGCUCAAUACCCCUACAAUGGAAGGAAGACUGGAGCAGGCAAAACACAGCAAUUCAGUCCCGAAGAGACCAAACCGCCGUGGUGGCCACCUGGUGUGAGCCACCGGGAACCCGACCAUCUCCCUAAAGCUGAGCGCAUCGCGCUCCUCGUCCAUAUCCUAUGCGAAUUACGGACCAGCCACAGAAUCACCGCGCAGAAGCUGAAAGGUGCAGGACAGCCGAUUCAGCAACACAUUUCUCCGAUUGAACGAUUGAAACUACUGGACGAGCUGUACCGUGUUAGAGAGGAGGAGGAAAUGUUUUUGGAUGCGGUAACAGAUGGAAAUGACAGAAUUUCGAUUUCACGAGCGAACCUACCUGAAUGCAUGGAAGCUGCCUGCAGACCCAAUUAUCCGGGCAAUAAGAGGUCUCAGGGUAAGCAACAGCUGAAACGCGAGCUGCCAAACCAGAACAUGUCAAUACGCAUCCGACCUACCCAAGAGUUGAUUCCAUCUAAGGUGCCUGCCGACCAAUUUGCUGUCGUGGAAUUCCCUAGUCAGCGACAUCUUCUAAUUCAAUCUGGUUUGAAAUUUUCACCGUCGCCUGCGUCGCCUCGAUAUCUAAAACGAAAGCGUCUGUGUGCCGAGGACGGGGAUCUUCUCACGUGGUUUGCGUCUAUGAACUACUCCUCGUUCCCCAUAGCAUAUCAUUCUCUAUUGCCUGAUGGCUUCGUGCAGAUGCCAGAAUUCCAAUCACAGGGAGAUUUGAUAUCAUGGGAUAUUGGGUUGGAGUAG